CUGAAGUAACUGAUCCAGAGGUCCUGGAUAAGAUGCUUAAAAGAAGAUAUACUGUGUCUGAUGAGGAUGAAGGUGUAAAGCAGGAUAAACUGAAGAUCCAGAAGCAUGAGGAGGGUGUGAACAUCGACGACGAAGUGAUGAAGGUAAGGUUUGAGGACUGGAUGAAGGAGUGUGACAAGACCUACCCGAGUGAGGAAGAGAAGGCUAGGAGGUAUAAAGUAUUUAAGGAGAAUGCCAUGGCAGCUGACAAGGCUAAUGCAUCAUUCCCAAAUGAGGUUCAGGGAACUAACCGCAAGGAAGGCUGAACAAGACACAAGGGAGGCUGAACAAGAUGCAAGGAAAGCCGAGCAAGAUGCAAGGAACUAGCUGUCUCCCUUUCUGUUCAUACCUGUUUGUCGAGGUACCAGGGUUGCCACUGGGUCUUGAUCGGCAGGUCGAGUGCUUCCACACAGUACCGGGAGCCAAUCACAGGAACCCUACCAUCUGCGUCACCACUGCAUGAUAAAUACAAAGAUUUAGACUUCGAGGGUCGAGUGUGAUGGAUGGAUGUUAAGCAUGUACAUAAGCACUUGCUAUACGAUUGCAGACUUUCAGAGGAGGCACACAAUUCUGCUGUAUGAGAGCCCAAAGGGAAUUACACAUUCACACCUGUAAA